ACUGUAUAAUGAUUAAUUUCACCGUAGAGUGUAGGUAAACACUUUCAGUUUCAAUAAUCUAUAGGACAUGUGCGAUGUAUGUUUAAUAAUAAAUUUACUAUAAUACGCCUCUAAGCCAUAAAAUAUACGCAUUUUACAUAGGUACGUGGAUUAAUUAUAUUUUUACAUUUUUAAUAAGCUUGCCUAAACGCAUUAAACCGCCCAAAAUAUGAAUAGUUCAGUUCGCAUUGGCAGUUUUUUUCUCACAAGCUUUAGUCAUCGAACAAUAGCACGGCGGUUUCUAUCGCACUAUCCAAUCGACGAUAUUUUGUUUAACCUCAACGAUGAACAAAUUCAGUUACGGAAAACCGUUUUCGAUUAUGCGCAGAGAGAAAUAGCACCAAAAGCGGCUGAAAUAGACAAGACAAACACGUUCAAUGACCUAAGGAAAUGCUGGCUGGAACUGGGAUCGCUAGGUCUCCUGGGCAUUACCAUUCCAACAGAAUAUGAAGGUACAGGAGGUAGCUAUACCGACCAUGUCAUUGCCAUGGAAGAGAUUUCUAGAGCCAGCGGAUCUGUGGGCCUGAGUUACGCGGCCAACACCAAUCUGUGCAUGAACCAAAUUCAAUUGAACGGUACGCAAGAACAAAAGGCCAAAUACUUACCACGGUUAUGCAAAGGUGAAGCUGUUGGAGCGCUGGCAAUGUCUGAACACGGUUCUGGUUCUGAUGUAGUUUCUAUGAAGUUAAAAGCAGAACGAAAAGGAUCCCAUUAUAUUCUAAAUGGUAGUAAGUUUUGGAUCACAAAUGGACCAGACGCCGAUGUGCUAGUGGUGUAUGCUAGAACGAAUCUAGAUGCCAAAAAACAGCAUGGUAUAACUGCGUUUAUUAUUGAGAAAACAUUUGAAGGGUUCACUACUGGCCAAAAACUCGAUAAACUUGGCAUGAGAGGUUCUAACACUUGUGAACUUAUUUUCCAAGAUUGCAAAGUACCUGUUGAAAAUGUAUUAGGCGAGGAAAAUAAAGGCGUAUACGUUUUAAUGUCCGGACUAGACUUGGAAAGGAUGGUGCUUUCUGGUGGGCCUGUUGGAUUAAUGCAAGCGUGUGUAGACCUGACAUUUGAUUACGUUCAUUCUAGAGAACAGUUCAACACUAAAAUUGGAGAGUUUCAAUUAAUUCAGGCUAAAAUCGCCGAUAUGUAUACAAUUUUGAGUGCCACUAGGAAUUAUCUAUACAACAUAAGUAGAGCCUGCGAUAAAGGCCACGUAUGCAGCAAAGACUGUGCUGGAGUGAUACUUUUUUCUGCUGAAAACUCUGUUAAAAUGGCAUUGGACACAAUACAAUGUCUAGGUGGAAAUGGAUUUAUAAACGAUUACGCGUCAGGAAGAUUACUGAGAGAUGCCAAGUUGUAUGAAAUUGGUGCAGGGACCAGUGAAAUCAGAAGACUAAUUAUUGGCAGAUCGCUAAACAAAGAAUACUCUUAACACGGUUGUGUUAUGUUUUCAAUAAUAGGUAUUUAAACGGUUGGCCCUAUCAUCGAUCACGUUAUAAUGGUUUUUGUGUAUAAUCUUAUUACAAUGUACUUCUAUUCUCAAAAUACACUUUGUACCAGUUAGUAUUCCUACAAUACUACAGUGCAGAUAUUAUGUUGUAAUGUUGUA